AUGAUGAUGGGCUGCUGCAGUGGUGAUGGUGCUGAAUCAAAGAAGUCAGAUGAUGGUCAUUCACAUAAUUAUAAAAAGUCUAUCAAUGGCCGGAAACUUCGCCCCCUCAUGCCACGGCUUCCCACACACUCCGCCGCGCAGCCCAACCUUUUCACCUCCAACGAUCACCAUCCUCGUCCUGUUACUACCAUGAAGAAGAGAAGUAAUAAGGCAGAUACCAACACAGUGCCAUUGGUGAGUGCAAGGUGGUGUCCGACACCGGAGCAGCUCCAUGACCUAGAAGAGAUGUAUUGGAGCGGAAUCCGAACGCCGACGGCCGAUCAAAUCCAGCAAAUUGCUGAAAAGCUCCGGCGUUUCGGUAGGAUUGAAGGGAAGAAUGUGUUCUACUGGUUUCAGAAUCACAAGGCCAGAGAGAGGCAGAAGCGCCGGCGGUUACUGGAAUCAGUAGCUUCACAACAGCAGCCGCCAUGUUAUAUAGAGUGCAAUCUUGAAAGAAAUGAAAAAGGUUUUGAGGUUGUACAGGCAAAGAAGAGGGUAACUUCUUCGAAUGGCAGUACACUUUCAGAGGAAUCUGUAUCAAAGGGUAGAGAAGUUCCAUCAAAAAGUAGCACAGAGGACUACUACUGGCUUCAAUUAAAGGAGAGGGAAUUAAUGCAGCAAAGAAGCAGCAGCAACAGUAGCACAAAAACCAAGGAUUUCUCUUGCCCUUUGUCGGAGACACAAGUAGUCAAUGUCACCAACUUUGAGGAGGAGGAUGAUCAAAGAAGAAGAGAAGCUCAAACGCUUCACCUUUUUCCACUUGAUCAUGGCAGUAGCAGCGGGAUAUUUAAAAGUAAAACCACGAUCACCAAGAAACCUCCAGUGCCUUUGGCAGCCAUGGACGCCGGCUUCAGUACUCCAAGAUUACAGUUCUAUCAGUUUCUUCCACUGAAGAACUGAAACAAUUAGAGCUUGCCCUUUGAGUUUAAACAAGUUAUUGAUGGUCCAUUUCAAGCUCAUGAUGAUUUAGUUUUGUUAUUGUUUGGAACCAGUACGAUAGUGGCAUAUAGGGUGAGUGGCGGGGUGGAUGAAUGUUAUCAAAAUCACGAGUUUAACUUGGCCAAAUAAUUUCAUUAGCUAAAACAAUGGUCACCAAUGGUGGAAGGCGAACUUAUCUUGAACUAUUCUAGGCAUUUCUAGGCACAUAUAUGGACAUCAUCUGCGUGGGAACAAGAUUCGUGCAUG